AUGCCGUUCAAGGACAUGCAGAGCAGACCUCCUGCGCCGCCCACUGAGUUGGGCAGGCUGCGAGUCCUCUCAUCCACUGCAGGUGUCAGGAUGUCUCCUUUAAUCUUCGGCGGGAUAUCAGUGGGAACCACCUGGGGAGAGUAUACCGCUGUUCAUGACAAAGACGCCUCAUUCGAACUACUGGAUGGCUGGGCCAAAGCUGGAGGAGUCAGCAUAGAUACCGCCAAUGGUUAUUCAGAUGAGCAGAGUGAGACUUGGAUUGGAGACUGGAUGGAGGCAAGAGGCAACAGAGAUCAGAUGGUCAUCUGCACCAAGUUUACUAGCGACUAUCGUUCCCACGCCAUUGGCAAGAAUGAAUAUGCCAAUUUUGCUGGAAAUGCUCGAAAGAGUCUGCACAUAUCUUUGCACGCUUCUCUGAAGAAGCUCAAGACAGACUACAUUGACAUCCUAUACAUCCACUGGUGGGACUGGACGACAUCGAUCAGCGAAUUGAUGGAUGGACUCGACUCGUUCGUCAAGCAGGGUAAAGUCUUAUACCUCGGAGCGUCAAAUCUGCCUGCCUGGGUUGUUUCUGCAUGUAACGAAUACGCGAUGGCCCGAAGCCAAGCCCGCUUCUCAGUCUAUCAAGGCCAUUGGAAUGUCAUGAACCGAGAUCUAGAAAUAGAUGUUUUGCCCAUGUGCAGGAUGUACGGAAUGGCUGUCGUUCCAUUUGGAGCCCUGGGAUCCGGAAGACUGAGAAACGAUCUUUCGGAAAAAAAUGGGCUGGAUGAGCUUUCCAUCAAGGCCAGUGAAACCCUUCUACGCAUAGCGAACGCCAAAGGCUUGGACAGCUUCGCGCCCAUAGCCCUAGCAUGGCUGUUUCAAAAGUAUCCAAGAGUGUUCCCCAUCACUGGAUAUGCAACGGAAGAACAACUUCACGAUAACAUCAGAGCCCUCAGCACCACCUUGAGCAGAGAAGACAUGACAGCAAUAGAUGCCAUCAGUCCCCCUCGACAGCCCUCUCCAUACGAUACGUGCGGUUUAGAUCCUCACGUCGAUGGUGUCCUUGGCGGCAACAACGCUCUACAGCUGGGUACAAUUCAAUGGAUCUAG